CAACUCAAUUAGAGAAGUGUUACAAGUGUCAAGAAUCAGUUUUGGGAAGCUGUUUAAAAGGACAGAAUGGAGGUUUUUAACGCUACAACAUGGUACAUACUAACGGUUCUGUUACUCUAUAUCAUUUGGUUCUACAAGAGAUCAUUCGCAUAUUGGAAAGAACGAGGUCUGGAGUAUCUUGAACCCGUGAUACCACUCGGAAAUGCUUUCAGAGUGAUCUCGAAAAAAUUAACUGUAGGCGAAGUUUUCGCUCAAUUCUACCUUGAAAUCAAAGAGAGAGGGCUCAAACAUGCAGGCGUUUUCGUUUGCUGGAAACCAAUCUAUAUCCCAGUUGAUCCAGAAAUCAUUAAACGUAUUCUGAUUACCGAUUUUGAAUAUUUUCCCAACCGCGGUUUAUAUAUAAGUGAAGAGAAAGACCCUUUAUCAACGCAUAUUUUCAACGCGGAAAACAGUGAAUGGAGGAACCUUAGGGCCAAGCUCCCAGCAGCAUUUACUUCCGCAAAGAUGAGGAAAAUGUUUGCGAUAAUGGAAAAACUUAGCAAGCAAUUUAAAGAAAACUUGGACGCUUACGCUACUAAUGGCACUCCCUUUGAGAUAAAAAGUGAAAUAAGUCGGUUUACCGCAGAUAUAAUCGCUUCAUGUGCACAUGGAAUUGAGACUAAUAUAAUGAAGAAGGAAAAUGAAGAACUGCUGAAACAAGGAAGGUCGUUUUUCGAUAACCAAUUCCACAUUUCCAAAGUAUUGUUGGUAAUAACAAUACCUCGACACAUUUUAGUCAAACUUAACUUCAGGAUAAUGACGAGAGAAUUCGAAAAAUAUUUCUCCAAUCUCUUCCAGAAUAUCAUGAAGUACAGAAAAGAAAAAGAAAUAAAGCGAGGUGAUCUAACCGACAUUUUUAUACGAUUGAAUGAAAAACACGAUGAUGAACGCGACUUUUCUGGAAAUAAACCUAUAGAUCCCAUUAACGAUAUAGAAUUCGUUUCGCAUUUGACGGCAUUUUUUUGUGCUGGAUUCGAAACGUCUUCUAGUACUGUGACUUUUGCUUUGUACGAACUUGCGAGAAAUCCGGAGUAUCAAAGCAAGCUGCGAACGGAAAUCAAGAAAAUUUUGACCAAAUACGACAACAAUGUUACAUAUGACGCUGUAAUGGAGAUGAAAUAUUUGGAUAAUAUUGUAGAUGAAACGCUUAGACUCUAUCCCGUUCUUCCCAUAUUACCCAGGCAGUGUGCGAAAGAUUACAAGGUGCCAGGUACUAAUGUUACGAUAGAAAAAGGCACAUACGCCAUCAUCUCUAAUAUGGGUAUUCAGCGUGAUCCAGAAUACUAUCCAAAUCCGGACAAGUUUAUUCCCGAACGAUUCUCUAAAGAAAAUAAUGCCAAAAGGCCUUUCAUAUCUCAUGUACCUUUUGGGGAAGGUCCAAGGAUUUGUGUAGGAAAACGGUUUGGUAUAUUGCAAACUAAAAUUGCACUCGUAACUAUGUUAAGGAAUUAUGAAAUUUUAUUGGACAAAAAAACUUCUAACUCGUUUACUUAUGCAAGAACAGAAUUAAUCUUGAGAAAGGCUGGAAAUGUCUGGAUAAAAUUAAAGCACCUUGAAGUUUAGACUGUCACGGUAUGAUUUUUUGGUUGAACAUGUACGACUUUAAUGAAUCAAUUACAUUGGAAUAUUUACUGUGA